ACACAAACUCACAGCAAUGAAGUUAAGUAUUGUGGUGAAGCUGAGCAUAAACGACGACGAGAAAGCCCGUAAAGCUCUUAAGACCGCUAAUAGUCUCUCCGGCGCAGAAUCAGUGUCUUUCGUUGGGCCAGAUAGAGACCAGAUAGUCGUGACUGGGGAUGGUAUUGACCCAGUUGAACUGACGAGGUUACUAAGGAAGAGGGUUGGAUACGCAGAGCUGUUAAGUGUGGGUCCGGCGGAGGCAAAGAAAGAAGAAUCAAAGCCCACUGUACAAAGUGAUCCUUAUCAGUCCGAAUAUCAUAGCUAUGCCACAAUAAUGGAGACUUUCUUGGAGGAGUUUCGACAUCUUAGAAUCCAUCUUCAAGAGAUUAAAUCAGCCACUGACAACUUUGAUGACAAAAAGGUUAUCGGAACCGGUGGUUUUGGGAAGGUUUACGAAGGAGAACUUUUACACCCCGGCCGAAGCUUGGUUGCUUUUAAGCGUCUAGAUCGUAGAUUUGGGCAAGGGAAUCCAGAGUUCUGGAAGGAAAUAAUGAUGCUUUCUCGUUACUCGCAUGAAAAUCUAAUCUCUCUAUUGGGAUUUUGUGACGAGGAUGGCGAGAAGAUCCUUAUUUAUGAGCAUGCAUCUAAUGGAAGUCUUGAUCGCCAUUUAGGAUCCACUACUUUUACGUGGAUUCAACGUCUCAAGAUAUGCCUUGAUGCGGCAAGAGGCCUCUGCUACUUACAUGAUGACAAGGGCACUCAACAAAGAGUCCUCCACCGUGAUAUAAAGAGCUCCAACAUCCUCUUAGAUGAAUACUGGAACGCCAAAGUAUCUGACAUGGGAUUGUCAAAAAUAGGGCCAGCUAAUCAGCAGCACGCGACUCUUUUCACCAAUGUUGUAGGUACCCUUGGAUACCUAGAUCCACUGUAUAUGGAGUUGGGUAUUCUAACGAAAGAGUCGGAUGUAUACUCUUUUGGUGUUGUCUUAUUUGAAGUAUUAUGUGGACGACUCUGCUUUGAGACUCGUAAAGUUGGGUUUAUGAGUUUGGUACGUACGUGGAGACAAAAGUACAAACAGGAGAAGCUGGAUGAGAUUAUCUUUCAAGCUCUGGUGGACGAAAUAGAUCCCAGGUGUUUAAAAGUAUAUUCAGACAUUGCAUUCCAGUGUCUGCAGAAAAAUCGUGAAGGACGACCAACAAUGUCUCUUGUUGUGGAAAAGCUUGAGACCGCACUUGAAUUUCAGAAGAUUUACGAAGAGAUUAAACAUUCAUUAGAAUAAGAUAACACAUUAGCAACGAUGUCCUCUUCUUCCUCAAUAACAGUCCUAGAAGUGUCAUUUUCCACAUCCUGAAAUAUCAAUCAAUUUUAUAUAACAAACCAAUCACUGGACAUAUAAAUUUACUUCCAACAGACAAGGUGUACAAUCUUUAUGCCUCUUUUAUCUUUGCAGUACGACACUGUUGAAGUAAA